AAGCAAAAUAAAAGUCAUUUGGUUGCUAAGCUUCGGAUUCUCUUAUCGUUAAGCUAAUUAUUUAAUUAUAAUACGAGUAACAAUGAAGUUCGAUUUAACUUAUUUUUGCGUAGUAUUGGGCGUCUUAUUCCUUUUCUUCGAUAACAUUCACGCCGAUGUGCUACCGAUCGAAGGUGAUUGCACAAAGUACCAAAUAUGCGAUCAAAAUGGAUGCUUUCUAUUGAGUUGUGGCGAUGGGACAGAAUUCAAUCCAAAAAUUAAAGUUUGUGAUUAUCCGCUGCAAGACCGAACCUCUUGCAGAAAUCGUCCCAACUGAUUCGAGCAUUAAAGAUGAAAAAUUUCUGUUAUAAAAUGAUGAUGUAAGACUCGCAAAUAUUAUCUUGUGAAAAUUGGAAAAUUCAGACAAAAUAAAAUACGCUUAUCACGG